CAUGCACGGAGGCGUCUCCACGGUGUCUGCAGACAUCGCACGAAUUUCAUCAGCGAACGUGGCAGUUGGCAUAACAAUGGUGUCCUCGGGAGAACACAAGUCAGCAUCACCACGGAUUUGAAGUUCGCCUUCAGGGUUAAAAUCCUCAACAGUUAUGUCCUCGUCGACUGGCGCAGGAAAUGGCCCCCACUCUCCUCCCACAUCUUUUCCUUUCUUUCCUUUCUUCGACUCAGACAACUCCGAACUAGUGUUAUCGUUAUUGGGUAACACUAUAAUGGGUAGCGGCUGAAGCGGCGUUAGGGGUAUUGGAAUGCGCGGCGGCCGCGAGGAAGUCGAUGCAGUGUUAUCCACAGAAUGGAGGGUCUUCGCCUCCGAAGACUUUCCAAAAGUUGUGCGAGCAUUCUGUUCAUCAGUCAAGUCACAACCAGGAUUUGGGCCUACGAUAACUUUGAGAGGUCUCAAACGGAGAGGGGUGAGACUCAGUAUUGAGGAAGGGGGUUUGUGCAGCUCCCUCUUUACCUGGGGUUGCAUUGGGCCCGUGGAUAACCGCUCUAACUUCGGAAUAGUAGCACACGGGCUCUCCGUUUCUCUUGGGUCACAAGCUCUCGCGCCUGCGUCUAUCACUUGGUCAUUCAUUGCUUCGACAACAUCCCUUGACGGCGAUGCGCUGAUAUCUACCCCCGGGGUGGUGUCACUUCGGCUUCCAAGUUUGGUGAGCUUUCGAGCCUUUAAUUUUUCUUGCACACCAUCUCCCGCAAUCAACCCCGUGCCAAGUGGAAACGACAACCCAUCAUCACUUCUUGGCCUUUUCUUCGCUUUAAGCCGUGCUCGUGGGGACACCGAGAGAGCAGAUGCGGGUCUAAUAUUGGGGUUGUCUGCGGGAGGUAACGCAGUCCCACGGGGGAUUGCAACCAUGUCAAGAAUAAGGAUGGACGAUGCUGGUAACCCUGGAGAUCCGCCUCCUUGAGCAUCAGGGCCACGGUUACGCUGUCCAACGGAUUGGCUCCCACCACCAGGAGUUAAUUUUUGAGAACCAUAAAAAUCGUCUCUCUUGCUAUCAGUUUGUUUCUCUUCAAAGACACUGUUUGGUGUCUCUACAUACUCGAAGCUGUUACGGCCCUUCGUCCUU